CAGACUACGGUGGACUACGGUUAGCUACGGUAUCGACAGUUAUAACUGGUUACAACGAAAGUAAACGACGGUUAACUUGUGAUGUCGUUACAUAAUAAAUACACGUGCUCGUUGAUAACGCGUAGCAAUUUCGUUAACGUCUACGAACAAUCGUAAAAUCUUAAAGCACAUAUCGCACUUGUACUUCCCAUAAAUCGUGUUCAACGUUCUGUCAAAUAGCUCUUUACAAUGGUUAAUCUUUCGAACGAUACUUUUUAGCUUAUUAAUUUAGCAACACGUUUAAAUCGUUUCAUUAGUAUGUUUCACAAGUCUUGAAAAUGUUAACGCGAUAAGAAACUAUAACACUAACCAGAAAUGUUGCACGACAAGAAUUUCGAGGGGAACACAGACACGAUAAAUGUUAUCCUCACAUCAUCUAUCUCAGGUGCCCUCGCAGGAACCGUUUGCGACUUGACAUUUUUCCCAUUGGAUACGCUUAAAACACGCUUGCAAAGCCAGCAUGGUUUCAUUAAAUCUGGCGGUUUUAGACGGUUGUAUCGGGGAUUGGGUCCUGUGAUGGCAGGAUCCCCCCCGUCCGCUGCCAUAUUCUUUAUAACUUACGACGGAAUCAAAGAAGUUUUACAACCUCACAUACCUCAACAGUAUCACUCGUUUAUACAUAUGAUCGCCGCGUCGUUUGGAGAAAUGGUCGCAUGCCUUAUUCGGGUCCCAGUAGAAGUAGUGAAACAAAGAAAACAAGCGCUUUUACACGAUAGACAAAGAUUAGCACUAAGAACUUUAUACCGUGGCUAUGGGAGCACUGUGCUUCGCGAUUUACCGUUUGGUUUCGUUCAAAUGCCCCUGUGGGAAUAUUUUAAACUCUGUUGGACACGACAAGCGGGCCGCGAAUGUACACCUGUGGAAGGUGCCUUCUGUGGAUCAGUAUCAGUGGCUAUAUCCGCGGCUGUGACGACGCCUUUGGACGUUGCAAAAACUAGAAUAAUGUUGUCGAAUACGUCGGCAGAUAAAGAGGAAGUAAAAAUAUCGAUAAUGUUGAAGGAGGUUUAUCGAAGUUGUGGCAUGAGAGGGCUUUUUGCAGGCUUUCUUCCAAGAGUGGGCGGCUUUACCAUUAGCGGAUUCGUUUUCUUUGGCGUUUAUGAGAAAAUUAGGGAAAUCCUAUCGCCGUAACGUUUUAAAAACUAAAUAUUGGUGACGGACACGUUUCUCGUCAAACACGUCAUAUUGCUCAAUCAAGCGCACCAGCAAAGCAUUUAUUUAUAGAGAUUUAUAACAAAAGCUCUUAAAAGGGACCGCGAUUUAUCUUGGAAUAAAUUUUCUUUUACUAAAGAAAGGCACUGGAUUAAAUAUAAGGCAAAUUCGAAUACUUGCACUUCACAUUUUUAUCGAUGUUAGUAACACCAUGUGUUAUAAC